AUGGCCAGUGUAUCAGCAGCCCUGAACAGGAUCCUUCCAGCUCCUCAGUACGAUGACGAGUCAACCGGCCGCGAGGAUGACCAGAUCGGUCACGAAGAGCAAGCGUUGACAAUCACCAAUGCCGCGCCGCCAUACGGUCGACGACAAGGCUGGCAGCCUCGGACAAACGACGAUUUCGGGGAUGGUGGUGCAUUUCCCGAGAUUCAGGUUGCGCAGUACCCACUCGAUAUGGGCCGGAAGGGGAAGAAGUCGACGAGUAACGCGUUGGCGCUACAGGUUGAUGCAAAGGGUGCGAUCAAGUAUGAUGCGAUUGCGAAGCAGGGACACGGCGAUACGCGAAUUGUACAUUCUAGCUUCAAAGACCUCAUCCCACUGAGGCAGCGAGCCGACGUGGGCGACAUCUCCCUCGCCCGUCCCUCCGAAGAAGAUGUUCAAGCAACCGCCGAGAAGACACGGGCAGCCCUCCAAAAGCUGGUAUCCGGACAGCUAGCAGCAGCUAAUCCGAAGAAUGUCCGCGUCAACUCUAACCGAGAACCAACCUACGUCCGCUACACCCCCGCCAACCAAAUGGGCGAAUCAUCAUCCACACACCACACCCAACGCAUCAUCAAAAUGGUAGACGUACAGGAAGACCCAAUGGAACCGCCAAAAUUCAAACACCGCAAAAUCCCACGCGGACCAGGCAGCCCUCCACCACCCGUAAUGCACUCACCCCCCCGCCGCCUCACACACGAAGAACAAUCCGCCUGGUCAAUCCCCCCCUCAAUCUCAAACUGGAAAAACAACAAAGGGUACACGAUCCCCCUCGACAAACGUCUCGCAGCCGACGGCCGCGGUCUCCAAGAUGUCGGCAUCAACGAUAAUUUCGCGAAAUUGAGUGAAGCGCUUUUCGUUGCUGAUCGGAGUGCGAGGGAGGAGGUAAGGGAAAGAGCGAGGAUGCAGGCAAGGUUGGCGGAGAAGGAGAGGGAGGCGAAGGAGGAGCAUUUGAGGGUUUUGGCGCAGAAGGCUAGGGAGGAGAGGAUGGGUGGGAUGGGGAUGAGGGGGCGGGUACAGGAGCGUGUGCAUAGUCCAGAGGGGUCGGGGGCUGCGAGACGGGAUGUGUCGGGUAGUCGAAGCAGGAGGAGCGAAACCGAAGAAGACCGCCGCGCCGCCGCCGAACGCGACUCCCUCCGCCGCGAACGCCGCGCCUCAGCCGAACGCCAACUCCGCCUCUCCCGCCUGGGCACAGCAACCCAAGCCCGCAUCCUCCACCGCGACAUGUCCGAGAAAAUCGCGCUCGGACUCGCGAAGCCAAGUCAGUCAAAAGAGGCGAUGUACGAUGCUCGAUUGUUUAAUCAGGAGAGUGGGGUGGGGAGUGGGUUUGGGGAGGAGGAUGGGUAUAAUAUUUAUAGUAAGGGGUUGUUUGCUGCGAGGGAGGGUGCGGAGGCUAUAUACCGUCCUGGAGGGUCGGCUUCUAUUGAUGUAGACGGAGACGACGCGGAUGAAACCCUCGCGCGCGCGACGAAGGGGGAAAGAUUCGAAGUCCUUGGACGAGCGAAGAAGGGGUUCAGCGGAGCCGAUGCCGCGGUCCCGAGGGAGGGCCCGGUUGUGUUUGAGAAGGAUACGGUUGAUCCGUUUGGUGUUGAUAGUUUUUUGAGGGAGGCGAAGGAGAAGGCGGACGGGGGGAAGAAGCAUGGGUUGGAUGAGAGUACGACGGGGAGGAAGGAGAAGAGGGGGAGGUAUGAGUGA